GCAGCAUGGCGGCGGCGGCGGGCGCCCCUCCGCCGGGUCCGCUGCAGCCUCCACCGCCGCCGCCGCCUGAGGAGUCGUCGGACAGCGAGCCCGAGGCCGAGCCGGGCUCCCCGCAGAAGCUCAUCCGCAAGGUGUCCACGUCGGGCCAGAUUCGCCAGAAGACCAUCAUCAAAGAAGGUAUGCUGACCAAACAGAACAACUCAUUCCAGCGAUCAAAGAGGAGGUACUUCAAGCUCCGAGGGCGAACCCUGUACUACGCCAAAACUGCAAAGUCAAUCAUAUUUGAUGAGGUGGACCUGACAGACGCCAGCGUGGCUGAAUCGAGCACCAAAAACGUCAACAACAGCUUCACGGUCAUCACCCCCUGUAGGAAGCUCAUCUUAUGUGCUGACAGCAGAAAAGAAAUGGAAGACUGGAUUGCAGCACUCAGGACUGUCCAGAACAGGGAGCACUUUGAGCCUACUCAGUACAGCAUGGACCACUUCUCAGGGAUGCACAACUGGUACGCCUGUUCCCACGCACGGCCAACCUACUGCAACGUGUGCCGCGAGGCCCUGUCCGGAGUCACGUCGCACGGGCUGUCCUGCGAAGUGUGCAAGUUCAAGGCCCACAAGCGGUGUGCUGUGCGGGCCACCAAUAACUGCAAGUGGACCACGCUGGCCUCCAUCGGGAAGGACAUCAUCGAGGACGAGGACGGGGUCUCCAUGCCUCACCAGUGGCUGGAAGGAAACCUGCCCGUGAGUGCCAAGUGCACAGUGUGCGACAAGACCUGCGGCAGUGUGCUGCGCCUGCAGGACUGGCGCUGCCUCUGGUGCAAGGCCAUGGUUCACACGGCGUGUAAAGAGUCCCUGCUCACCAAGUGCCCGCUCGGCCUGUGCAAGGUGUCGGUCAUCCCGCCCACCGCGCUCAACAGCAUCGACUCUGACGGCUUCUGGAAGGCCACCUGUCCUCCGUCUUGCACGAGUCCACUGUUGGUCUUUGUCAAUUCCAAAAGCGGGGACAACCAAGGCGUGAAGUUUCUCAGAAGAUUCAAGCAGCUGCUGAACCCUGCGCAGGUCUUCGACCUCAUGAACGGAGGGCCGCACCUCGGCUUACGGUUAUUCCAGAAAUUUGACACUUUCCGGAUCCUGGUUUGUGGCGGGGAUGGCAGUGUUGGCUGGGUCCUCUCUGAAAUCGACAGCCUCAACCUUCACAAACAGUGUCAGCUGGGAGUGCUGCCCCUGGGGACGGGGAACGACCUGGCCCGGGUGCUGGGCUGGGGCUCGGCCUGCGACGACGACACGCAGCUCCCCCAGAUCCUGGCCAAGCUGGAGAGGGCCAGCACGAAGAUGCUGGACAGGUGGAGUGUCAUGGCGUACGAGACCAAACUCCCUCGGCAGGCCUCCUCCUCCACCGUCACCGAAGACUUCAGUGAGGACUCCGAGGUGCAGCAAAUUCUCUUCUAUGAAGACUCGGUGGCCGCCCACCUCUCUAAAAUCCUCACCUCGGACCAGCACUCGGUGGUGAUCUCGUCGGCCAAGGUGCUCUGUGAGACUGUGAAGGACUUUGUGGCCCGGGUGGGCAAGGCCUACGAGAAGGCGACCGAGAGCUCCGGGGAGUCGGAGGUCAUGGCCAAGAAGUGCUCCGUCCUGAAGGAGAAGCUGGACUCCCUCCUCAAGACCCUGGACGACGAGUCCCAGGCCUCCUCCUCCCUGCCCAACCCCCCUCCUACCAUCGCCGAGGAGGCCGAGGACGGGGACGGGCCCGGCGGCAGUGGCAGCGGCGGCGGCGGCGGCGGCCGCACCCCUGGCCCCGCUGGGGACCACCCCGUGGGCUCCACGUGCUCCUCCCGGCCGCAGAUCUUCCGGCCUCGGGAGCAGCUCAUGCUGAGAGCUAACAGCCUGAAGAAAGCCAUCCGGCAGAUCAUCGAGCAUACCGAGAGAGCCGUGGACGAGCAGAACGCCCAGACCCAGGAGCAGCAGGGCUUUGUCCUGGGCCUGUCAGAGCCAGAGGAGAAGAAGGACCUGAGGAAGGACGAGAGGGUGUGCCUGCCGCCCGCCCACACUGAGGGCUGCGGGGCGGCCAGGAGCAGGAGCCACCGCAAAGUGUCCAGAUCCCCGUGCGAGAAGCUGUUGGGCAGAGGAAGUCUGUCCCUGGGCAGCUCUGCCUCCCUCCCCCCCCAGACGGGGAGCCGGGACAGCUUUCCCGCCCUGAACACCAAGAUCCUCUAUCCAAGUGUGCGGGCCGGGAUGUCGGACUCCCUGCCCGGGAGCUCAGUCAUCAGCCGCUUGCUGAUUAACGCCGACCCCUUCAGCGCCGAGCCGGAGAACCUAGAGUGCUACACAGAGAAGUGCGUCAUGAACAACUACUUCGGCAUCGGCCUGGACGCCAAGAUAUCCCUGGACUUCAACAACAAGCGCGACGAGCACCCCGAGAAAUGCAGGAGUCGGACCAAGAACAUGAUGUGGUAUGGCGUCCUGGGCACCAAAGAGCUGCUCCACAGGACCUACAGGAACCUGGAGCAGAAGGUCCUGCUGGAGUGCGAUGGGCGUCCGAUCCCCCUCCCCAGUCUGCAGGGAAUUGCUGUCCUCAACAUCCCCAGCUACGCCGGCGGGACCAACUUCUGGGGGGGAACCAAGGAGGACGAUACUUUCACAGCCCCGUCGUUCGAUGAUAAGAUUUUGGAGGUGGUCGCUGUGUUCGGCAGCAUGCAGAUGGCUGUGUCCCGUGUCAUUAAGCUGCAGCAUCACCGAAUUGCCCAGUGUCGCACGGUGAAGAUCUCCAUCCUGGGGGACGAUGGCGUGCCUGUGCAGGUGGACGGAGAGGCCUGGAUCCAGCCGCCGGGGUACAUUCGCAUCGUCCACAAGAACCGGGCGCAGACGCUAACCAGAGACAGGGCCUUUGAGAACACCCUCAAGUCCUGGGAGGACAAGCAGAAGUGCGGCGAGCUGCCCCGCCCGCCAUCGUUCUCGCUGCACCCGGAGAUCCUGUCCGAGGAGGAGGCCACGCAGCUGGACCAGUUCGGGCAGGCGGCGGGGGUCCUCAUUCACAGCAUCCGGGAGAUCGCGCAGUCGCACCGCGCCGUGGAGCAGGAGCUGGCGCACGCCGUCAACGCCAGCGCCAAGGCCAUGGACCGCGUGUACGGCAGGCCCCGGGCCUCGGAGGGGCUGAGCUGCAGCUUCGUCCUGGAGAUGGUGACGAACGUCCGCGCUCUGCGCAGCGAGACGGAGCUGCUGCUGGCCGGGAAGAUGGCCCUGCAGUUGGACCCCCCUCAGAAGGAGCGGCUGGCGGCUGCCCUGGCCGAGAUGGACCGGCAGCUCGGGAAGCUGGCCGACACGCCCUGGCUGAGCCAGCCCGCAGAGCCCGGCGACGACGAGAAUGUGAUGCUGGAUCUUUCUAAACGCAGCCGCAGUGGCAAGUUCCGCCUUGUGACCAAGUUUAAAAAGGAGAAAAACAAUAAGAACAAAGAAGUGCACAGCAGCCUGGGAGCCCCGGUGCACCUCUGGGGCACAGAGGAGGUGGCCGCCUGGCUGGAGCACCUCAGUCUCUGUGAGUAUAAGGACAUCUUCACGCGGCACGACAUCCGGGGCUCCGAGCUCCUGCAUCUGGAGCGGAGGGACCUCAAGGACCUUGGGGUGACCAAAGUGGGCCACAUGAAGAGGAUCCUCUGUGGCAUCAAGGAGCUGAGCCGGGGCUGCCCGGCCACCGAGGCCUAGCCUCGGCCCUGUGCGCCUGCCUCCGCCCCAGAGGCCCCGCCUCCGAGGCCGUCUCUUGGUGCUAUCCCUCUGGGAGUGACCAGAAGCCUCUGACACGCGUGACGCACGUGGGCGACGGCUCUGGGUUUUGAACACACCAACAUGGCUACCUUCGCACCAACUCCUUUCCAGCCAGAGCCCGCGGGGAGGCCGAGCGCUGGGGGAGCCGCCCGCGCCCCUGCCGAGACGGCCCCGCGGCUCUGCCCCACCCCACUGGCCCACGGCGGCCACAGCAGCCACAGCAGCGUGCUCCCCGUGCCCACAGCCCCCG